GACAAUUCUAAAAGACGUCGAGCACAAAUGGUUUUAUUUGAAAAAAUUGGAGAUGAAGCAUCAAAAUUGGAAUUUAAUGAAAUUGCUUUGCGUUAUUAUAAUAAAAUGAUGAAAUGUUGUGAUUCUGCUGAUGAUCAAAGAAAAGCUUGGAUUUCAAUGGCUGAAACUGCUAAAGAUUGUGGAUUAUGGGAACGUUGUGUUCAUUUCUAUGAACAGGCAAGAAAAUGGGAAAAAGAAUUGGGAUAUGAUGAUGAAAAGCUUCUCGAAACUGACAUUUCAAUCGCCCUUGCAUUCAUAAAAGUUGAACAAAUUUCUUUGGAAGAACGUUUGGAAAAAAUCAAAAAAGUUUAUAAUGAUUGUUCUAUACCAAAAUAUAAGUUUGCAUUAUUACCCGAAUUUAUUAAAUUUCUGAAGUCCAACAAUUUAUAUUCAAGUGAAAAGAUAGCUAAAAUGAGAAGAGAAAGACUUUCAUUAGAAAAUUCUUUGGCUGAAAAUGAUGAAGGACGGAAAGAAAAUGAAUUGAUAGAAGACUCUACUUCUAAUUUUACAGAUGAAUUUGAUGAAAUGAAUGAAGAGCAAAUAAUUUUUGAAAUUAGAGCUGAAAUGAAAACAAUCGAUUACGAAGAAAAAAUAAUCAAAGGAAGAAGAAAUAUGAAUAAACACGGAGAAUCAAGUUUGCAUGAAGUUGCUCGUUCUGAUGAUUAUCAAUUAUUAAAAAAAUUAAUUGGAGAAGGAUAUGAUGUUAAUCAGUUAGAUCAUGGGGGAUGGACACCUUUAAGUGAAGCAGUUGCUGCAUCAAAUAUGGCAAAUGUCCGGCUAUUAUUAAUGAGUGGUGCAAAUCCAAAUACGCGUUCAACUGAAUUUCUCGUUGAUUCUGAACAAAAUAAAAUUGUAAAUUGUUUUUACUUAACAUCCUUUGGGAUUGGGAAAUUAUAG